GAGGUGGUGCAGUUAAGCAGAGAGAGGGCCAGGAGGGAGUGAGGCGACAGAGCGGAGGUGACAGCGGAGAAUGGAGAGGAACCCGUCCGCCCGGCGAGCUUUGACCGCGGCGAGCGAGGAGAAUCCACUCGGUCCUUCCCUUCUGGAGCCAGUGUGCUGAAAGAAACCGGGAGGAAUUAAUAGGGGGCAAAGGAAAGGAAUGGCUGAUCCUCUGCGGAGGACUUUACUAGCGAAAUUCCGGGGGAAGAAAUCCAAGAAAACAUCGACGGUCGGCGGUGGAUACGGCUCUGCUGCUGCGGUGAAUGGGGGCCGAGAAGGUAAAGAAAAAGUUUUGCAAACACAGCGAGACUCCGACGAGGCUCGCCCGGUAGUGCUGUUCACGGGGCUGGAUUGCACUACAGAGAGAAUGAGUACGUACGAGAAUUGUGUUGAUUCUCCCGAGUGCCCGGGAGAGAUGGUGCAAACUGCGGGGGUUGUAAAAGCUCGGGAGAGUCGCGCAACAGAGUUGGCCGGCGCACGUCCCCAGGAGCGGAGCAGCGGGGGCAGGGUUCGGGUUAAUGAGGAGCUCCUGGGGGUCUCACUUCAAAGAGGAGUGCAGUCUGGGGGACUCGCGGUAGUUGGGGGAGAUAGGACCAACAAGGUGCACAGAUCCGUUGGCAAAAUUACUUUAUCAGCGGCGGUCACUCUUGCAGGACCGCAUGUCCACAGAAAACACUUCGUCUCCGUCCCGCGGCAGUGCAGCGUUGGGGAUUCAAUAGGGUUUGGGGACAGUUCAAAUCAUGUUUCGCACCGAGCACGUGUAGAACCGCAUACCGGGGUCGGUAAACCACCACAGGACCGGGUUACUACUCCUGAUAGUGAUGAGACAGAGCCCAGGGACAGAGGACACUCCCGGCACAUGGCAGGGACUGUAGAGGCUGUCAAUGAACAUAACGCCAACUGGAGGUUUGACAACAACCACAGUUUGGAGAGGAGCUCGCCAGUUCGCGCGGCACCUGUGUAUCCAAACGGUACGUCAAGAACCACGGAAGAAAACAUUUUAAUCAGAAAUGUUGAGAGUUAUGGGCCUGAGUAUGCAGGGGACAUUAGAGGGACUGCAGGCGGUCUGCAGAGCCCGACGUUUUUCCCCACAGAGUUAGAAAUAUGCGACAUUAACAUGGCAUCCCUGUGCGCCACAGAGGGGUCACUUAGGUACGAUUUAGAUAGUGAGGAUGAGGAUUACUAUGAUAAUGAAAUUCUGCCUUUUUAUGAAACUAUUCGAGCAAAAAAUGAUGGUGAUAGAGCAGAGGUUGCAGAGCUGCCACUGUCUGGGCAGGAUAAAGGACAGCUGGAUGACAGUAGCAGUGCCCAGGAAACAGACAGGCUUAGGAACCAGCUGAAAGAAGCUUAUUACCUUCUUAUCAAUGCUAUGAAUGAUAUCAACCUGGAUGCCCAACAGAUUAGUGGCGGUUUAACUGAGCAGCAGGCCACCUCCUCCUGUAGUAGUAGCCAGUCCAGGGAUAGCCUGUGCUCAAGGUUGUCUGCCAAAAACAUGGACAGUGACUCCUGGUCCUCUGGAGGGGACCACAGCCCUCAGCAGGUGUCUGACACUGACUCACUCCUGCUUUGCCUCAGUGGGAACCUUGAGUCAGGCCUCAAAGGCAGGCUGAAUAGUAAGAGUAUGGUGAACCUGUCCUUUACUAAGAUAAGACCCACAUUACUGCGCUCUGCCAGUGACGGAGCUAUCAGGUAUCAAGGUGGACCCUUACUCUCUGUUCAGGACCCUGGUGAUAACGGGGCUACAGAGACAAAUGAGGCUGAAGGGGGUAAAGUCACAGGAGUGGGUGAGCUGUCAGAACCUGGGGUGCUUUAUGAUGCCAUCAGCAGUGAUGAGCUGCUACAGGAUGCUGGUGGUGAUGAAGACCGUGGCGGGCAGCUCAAUGAGAGCAGCGGCUCGGUCAACAGCCUGACAGGUUCUACAGACAGCAACGCCGAUGCAUCGACACAUCAGGGUCUUGACAACAAGCAAGAGCUGACUGAAGCCCGAGCACUGGGCAACAACUCUGUCAACAAGGGGCAUGGUGUCACUGUCAACAAGAUGCAGGAGUGGAUGCACAAGGGGCGUUUGUUGUCUUCAGAGAUGAAGCAGCGCAUUGAGGGCUCAUCUUUGCACCGUGGUCAAGGCCAAAACCAGGACCGGUCCUGUCCUCAGGCUAACCUUGGUGGGUGUAAACCAGGGGUCCAGACCUCUAGCCGGGGGGUUAAAUCUGUCAAGGUCACCAAGUCACCUACAAUCAAGUCACCAUGUCAGCAGCAGCCAGCUUUCAUUGAGAAUGUCCAAACCCCCUGUGCUAAUGGCCGUGAGGUGGGCAGAGCCAAUGAGUCAUGGCGGCCACCGCUCACCACCAUCACUGUCUCCAAGAAGCGCAACUGGCUGCAGCAAAGCUCCCUUGGGAAGAAUCACUGCAGCAAGGACGAGCUGCAGGGAAUGCUGGGAGCUGAGGAGGAUGGCAGCCAGGGCUCCCAUCAGCCGCCACCUCCUCCCAGUCCUUCUCCAGACCACCUGAGACCCUCAGGGGGAGCCCCGUCACGGCCGGUCCGCCUGCACCUGCCCCAGGUUAUCGUCGGUCAGGCCAAGGUGUCUCCUCACCCUCGGAGCAUGGACCCAGCCGAGGAGAAUGACGCUGAUGAUGAAGGAGAGAUCUGGUACAACCCAAUCCCUGAGGAUGAGGAACAGGAGAUGUCUCGACAACCCUCCAUUCGGCUGCUGGUUCCCACUCGAGCAGAAGCCCACAGGAGGCCCAGCAGGGGAGGGGAUGAGGGUCAUGGUGGCCGGAACCUGGGAGACGGAAGCCGUGCCGGGCCUGAGGCACUCGGUGAAAGCCUAGGUGGCGGGGGCGGUUCAGACGACGGGAGUCAGGGGAACGCUGUACAUUCCACAGAGGCACUACAUCUGCACAGACAGAUGCUCGCGUGCAAACCUCAGGAGGAGGGGGGGCCUUCCACCAGCAAAGCCACAGAUGGUCCAGACUUGCCCAAUGCCGUUGGGUCCCCUCCCUCCAGCCCAAACCCAGCCAAGAAGAGCAGCUCCAUCAACUGGUCCUUCCCAGACAAGAUUAAGUCCCCGCGCACUGUGAGGAAGAUCUCCAUGAAGAUGAAGAAGCUUCCGGAGCUUAGCCGGAAACUCAGCGUAAAGGGGACCCCGAGUGGCUGUAACAGUAACAACGGCAACGGAAGCGGUCAGUUAGAGCCCAGAGCCCUUUCUCCCCGAAACAACGGGAGUGGGUCUGAGGCCGUCCCCAAUUCCUCAGGCCCUACCAGAUUAGCUGCAUCUGGGGGUGGGCAGGCAAGCCGUAACGUGAUCUCACGCUACCACUUGGACAGCAGUGUGUCCACACAGCACAGCUUCAGCAAGAAGAAAAGUAACAAUAGCUCGAAGUCCGCUAGUAAAGGCGGUUACCUCAGUGAUGGUGACUCACCUGAGCUGGUGGCCAAAUCUGGGAAGCACGGCUCUGCAGAGGGGAAGGGAGGGAAAGGCAAGGAGAUGGAAGGAGGAGGUGGAAGCUCCAAACUUAAUGGCACAGAGCUGGACAUUGAUGCUUUUCGCCAUUACAGCUUCACAGAACAGCCCAAAUGCAGCCAGUACAUCUCCGGACUGAUGAGCCUGCACUUUUAUGGUGCUGAGGACCUCAAACCUCCACGCGUUGACUCGCGAGAUGUCUAUUGCGCCAUCCAAGUUGACUCAGUUAAUAAAGCACGAACCGCUCUCCUCACAUGUCGAACUACCUUCCUAGAUAUGGACCACACCUUCAACAUUGAGUUGGAGAACGCCCAGCACCUGAAGCUGGUGGUGUUCAGCUGGGAACCCACACCGAGACGCAACCGUGUCUGCUGCCAUGGAACAGUGGUUUUGCCUGCACUCUUUCGGGUGACGCGUUGCCACCAGCUGGCAGUGAAGCUGGAGCCGAGGGGGCUGAUCUACGUCAAGCUGACCCUGAUGGAGCAGUGGCAGAACUCACUGGAUGGUGGGCCGGAUGGAGACCGGGAGCCCCAGGUGUUUGGUGUGGAGGCGUGGCGGGUAGUGGAGAGGGAGGGCACGGGACUGAUGGUACCGCUACUUAUAAGCAAGUGCAUCAAUGAGAUUGAAAAGAGAGGCUGCCAGGUUGUGGGUCUCUACCGCCUGUGUGGAUCUGCAGCCGUCAAGAAGGAGCUACGUGAGGCGUUUGAGAGAGACAGCUACGCCGUGGAGCUGUGUGAAAACACGUAUCCUGACGUUAACGUCAUCACAGGAGUACUGAAGGACUACCUGCGAGAGCUGCCCUACCCUCUGAUCACUAAGAACCUGUAUGAGGCAGUGUUGGAGACUAUGGUCACGAGGCCUCUGCGAAUGGGAGCAGCGGGCUGCGAGAAUGAACAGGCUGACUCGGAGUACACUGUCAGCCUACUGGACAACCUGCCAGAGGUGGAGAGGAUGACACUGCGGCGGCUUCUUGACCACCUUAAGUUGGUAGCGUCCUACCAGGAAGUGAACAAGAUGACGUGUCAGAACCUGGCAGUAUGUUUCGGCCCGGUGCUGCUCAGCCAGCGUCAGGAUGCGUCCUGCCACACGAACCGAGUCUUUAUUGACUCAGAGGAGUUGGCUAGCGCACUGCACUUCAAAAAACACAUCGAAGUCCUGCACUACCUGCUGCAGCUCUGGCCAGUUGUGGACCCAUAUGGCCAGUCCUCUUCCCAGCCCCCUGCAGCUUCUUUGGCUCCGGCCUCAUCUGACCUGCUGUCAGUUCCUCCAUUACGGCGAAGAAAAGAGCGGCCCCAGGUCCUGAACCUUACUGAAGCGGAAAUGGCGGGUGUUCUGCGGCCCAAACCGGGGCGCCUGGACAGUCCCAGCAACCGCUACGCCGGUGACUGGAGCGGCUGUGGCGAGAGCUACUUCCCUUGCGAAAUUCUGCUGCCUCCCAGCAAAGAGGAGGCAGACUAUGAUGACGUUCCCUCUGAGGACACAGAGGCAGCUGAGGAGGGCCAGGAGAAGCCUGAGUAUGCAGAGGAAGAUGAAGGGCACAAGGUCACAAGCCCUGCGUCUGAUCCUGCUGAGCCGGAGCAACCUCAUCGAGAGGUGGUGGUGAAGGAGGAGGAAAAGGAGCAAGAGAAGGAGGAGAAUCAAGUAGAGAGUGAUAGUUCAGGCAGUGGGCAGCCAUUAGAGGACAGGGAGGAGAAAAGGGUGUGCGACCACAUCCUUCCCCCUCGUCUGCCCAAAGAGCACACCUACCAGGCUUACAUGAAGAUCCAGGAUAUCAGCCCUGUGUUGAGCAACAGGGUUAACCUGAGAGACCUGCAGGAGAGCAUCGACACUCUGAUAGGAAACCUGGAGAGAGAGCUCAACAAAAACAAGCUCAACGUUGGAUACUGACUCCUCCCACAGUGACACACACAUACCCACUCACACACUCAUAUUGCCUGAUGAGGUUUGGGGAAGACCUUUUUUACUGAUCACAGUGCUUCAGGAUAUAGCCACAGUGUUUCCAUGGAGAUCCUGUGACAUCACCAUGGCAGUGGAGCAGUGCUGCUGUGAAAAACCUAAAGGAUGAGAUGAGAAGAAAUGUAACGGGGCACUUCUGGCAUUUGUACCUUACCCAUAGACAUUCCGUAAUGUUUGUAUUUACUUUAUGUUGUUGUUGUUGGUUUGUUUCAGUCCGGUUCUGUGUUCCAUGUUGUUAUUGUUGCUUCUCUUCUUAUUAGAAGAACCCAUUGACCCCUCAGGGGUUUAAAAGGUGCCUUAAUUGUGUGAAGGUGGUACGUCAAGAGGAAAAUCCACCCUGAUAUAAAAUGUUUCCCCUCAUAUGGUGUUGAUACAGUGUUGCCAACCAACACGAUCACCUCUAUAAUGUUAUGAAGAGUUGUUUUUACAUCGAAAAAGGCUGCAGUAUGUUAUAUUUUUUAAGAGAUACAAAUCCACCCUGGGUACAAUGGGGUUCUACUCAUGCAAACAUUUAAUCUGUGAUACUCAUGCCAACAAUUGUGGAGCAAAGUGAUAAUAAACAAGUAUUCACUUUUUAAAAAUUGACCAUUUGCAUACCAAUGCUUCCAGAGUUUCCCACCAAAGUAUUAUCUUGGCAGGCUUCUGAAACAGCAUUUAAAUAUUGAACUUACUGGACAGGAAAACAUCUGGGAUGCAUUAGGCCUUUCAGUUAAGAAUUGGUUUUCAGCUAAAAUAUGUAAUUGGGUAAUUCAAUUAAUAAAAAAAUGUUCAAAGAAAACACCACCAUCCUGUUGGUUCUAUAGUCAAGGCUGGCCCUCUAUCACUUUAGGCAGUUUAAGAAAUAUGUUCCGAUAUUUUAUUCAACCCAACUGUUAUCAACCAGAACAUUAGUCUAGGCUGAAUGGGAUUUGUUCCUGACUACAAACUAGCUCAUACAGUCUGUUUACAUGCUCAGAAAACAAUAAUACAGUGUUUAGUAAUACAAACCAAGAUCAUAUGUGUACAUUCUGUUUUAGGGUGGAUUUCCUUUUUUUAAGGCAGCAGAGAGCUUUUGUUAUUGAGGUAUGAAACACUAAAUGUUGUACAACAUUAAUGCACUUAUGAGGCAGGCAGUAGUGUAGAUUGUCAUUAUAGUUCAUGCAGUAAAAAAUAUCAUGGCUGUGGACUGAAUUGAGGAAGAAACAGCUGCCACUGAAACCUCCUUUUAAGGAUAAAUAUGAUACAAGAUAAGGGUAAUAACACUCUUAUCUCUGUUCAUACAAAGCUGUACAGUAGAGAUGUAUUUAUCUUAAGCAGGCAACUAAAACAGAGAAAAUGUAUGUCAUGUGACAUCAUUCAUUUUAGGCUUAAAAGAAGUCCAACCUUUUGGGAAAUGUGCUUAUUGACUUUCUUGCUGAGAAGGAGAUGAGAUGAUUGAGAGAAGAUUGAUACCACUCUCUAACUUGGUGUCAGUCAUCACAUCUACCUCUCUGCAAGAAGAGGUAUAAUCUCAAGAUGUCAGACUGAUCAAAGUCAAAUAAAACAAAGUCACCUUUCUGCAUUUCCCAGCUUUUGGUAAAACCAUGAAAUACACAGCCCAAAUGUGAAGCACAAUUUUCAGAGCAGCAGUGUAAACUGUUAGUGGAGGGCUUCUGUUAGUACGACUUAGCUAGCUGCCUAAAUCGACAAAGGACGUUUUCAGCAAUCCAGGGAUUCAGAAUGAUCAGUAUUUAACCUAUAUGUAUGUGUAUAUAAUUAUAUAAAUGUAUUCGGAGUAUAUUAUUUUUACAGCUUCUAUUUCAAUGGUGUAUUUAAAUACUUCUAAAGACCUCUUAGUGUUGACUUGUAGCAAUAGUUGCUUUUCCUCCCUUUAAGCUACCUGUACACAUUUUAAUGUGCUGGACUAAUGGUACAAUUUUAGCUGUAAAAUAUAUGAUAAUAUCGUGAUCUUGCAGAAAAAGUGAUAUUGUUAUUUUUAUUGUAUUGUGUAUAUAUUUGACAUUGUGUCUCUAGUGGACUAAGCUGUGUUCAUGAUUUUUGGUGUUUUUUUUUUUAAAUGUACUGAACUUUGCAUGGUCAAAAGCUUUACUGACAUAAACAAGGCUCUUUCUCAUUUGCUUUUGUAUUUUAUAUUUAUGGGUAAAAAGACUUAUCUAGAAAUGUAUGCUUGUUUGUUCGUCACCCUGUUUCCCCAAUAGACACAUUGGCUGCAUUGGUCAAGCUUUUCUCUAGAGGACUUAAAGGCAGACAGUGAUUCAGUUUUUAUAUUAUAUAUUUUUCACUAUUGUUCCACACCUCACCCACCUACAUGGUAAUCUCUUCACGGUCACGCUGUGCUGUCAGUCUGAGCUGGUCUGGUGUAAGUGAGUUUCAGCAGGGUUCCUUUCAAACCAUCUGUCUGCCCGGGCAACACAAAAAGAACCAGGGCAUCAUUUACAGUACAGUAUAGAAACUAACAUGGAGCAUCACCUGUAGUUUGAUCUAAUUUCUUCAAAUGUUGAUGUGGAUUUCUGCUCUCUGAUACACUCUUCCCAUAGUUUUUCCUCACCUAUGGCUGAAUUAUACUCUUCAGGCAUCCCUGUCUGUUUUAUCAUCCUCUCACCUCCCACCUUCUCAUCUCUCUGUCACUAAAUAUAAACACCUGCAUAAUUUGUCUGUGCAUUACAUCCUGGAUGGUUAAUGUUUCUGUCUUGUCUUCUUUGUCCUUUGGAGAGAAAAUGUCACAUGGACAGCAUCACUAAACAAAACAGAAAAAUGCUUUGUAUUGAUCCUGAGAAAUGUAUGGUCAUAAUAAAGUAUAUUAUUUUACAUUCA